AUGCUGCGCUCUAGUUUCUCACAUGCGGUCUCCGCAUCGACCUUAUGCCGUGUCUUGUACACCACACGCGCUAUGUCAUCAAUUCCGUCCUUUGCCACCGUUGACCCUAACUUUAAUGGUACUAACCCGACCGACGGAUUUAAUCUGGUAAACGGCAAAUGGACAAAGUCUGCUAAGGUUGAAACAAUCAUUGACCCAUUGAAUGGUGAGGCCUUUAUGACCAUGCCACUUACACAGAAAAAUGAGCUUCCACCUUUUGUGGAGAGCAUGAGAAGCUGUCCUAAACACGGUCUGCAUAACCCUUUAAAGAAUAUUGACCGUUACGUCAUGUACGGUGAGAUUUGUGCUAAGGCAGGCACGUUGUUUCGUGAGGAAAAGGUGGCUGAUUACUUUGCCAAACUUGUGCAGCGCACGUCACCUAAGAGUUACUUCCAGGCUCGCAAUGAGGUGAGGGUGACAGGCAAGUUCCUAGAGAACUUUUCGGGAGACCAAGUGCGUUUCCUGGCACGCUCGUUUGCUGUCUCAGGUGACCACCAGGGCCAAGAAAGCCGUGGCUAUCGCUGGCCAUACGGUCCCGUGGUGCUCAUCACGCCUUUUAACUUUCCCAUCGAGAUACCAGUGCUACAGAUGAUGGGAGCUCUGUUUAUGGGCAACAAGGUGCUUCUCAAGGUGGACUCGAAGGUGUCCAUUGUCAUACAAGAAACUCUGCGCCUGCUACACGAAUGUGGCAUGCCGUUGACCGACGUGGAUUUUAUCAAUACAGACGGUGCGGUGAUGAACGAUCUGCUUUUGCAGAUCAAACCACGCAACACGCUUUUUACUGGAUCGCAAGCUGUUGCUGAGAAACUUGCAAAGGACCUGAAUGGUCGGAUUAAGCUAGAGGAUGCUGGCUUUGACUGGAAGGUGCUCGGUCCCGAUGUUCGCGACUUUGACUACGUCGCUUGGACGUCUGAUCAGGAUGCGUAUGCUUGCUCAGGACAGAAGUGCUCGGCGCAGUCUGUUCUAUUCGUGCAUAAAAACUGGGCGAAAGCUGGUUUGGAGAAGAAACUUGCCGAGCUCGCUUCCCGACGAAAGCUGUCGGAUCUGACGGUUGGUCCCGUGCUGACGGUCACCACGAAGCGUAUGCUUGACCACGUUGCGGCUCUGUUGAAGAUCCCAGGUGCUCGUAUCGCAUUUGGAGCGGAAGAGCUUGAGAACCACUCGAUUCCCAAGAUAUAUGGUGCGGUAAAACCCACUGCUAUAUUUGUUCCGCUCGAAGAGUUUGUCAAGACGGAGAACUUUGAGCUUGUUACCACGGAGAUUUUUGGUCCGUUUCAGAUCCUGACUGAGUACAAUGAUAACGAGCUGCCCCAAGUCCUGGGUGCUUUAGAGCGCAUGGACGCUCACUUGACUGCAGCUGUGGUCUCGAAUGAUCAGAACUUUGUAAGCGAAGUGCUUUCAGCGACGGUGAACGGCACGACCUACAGCGGCAUUCGUGCAAGAACUACGGGUGCACCGCAGAACCAUUGGUUUGGCCCAGCCGGUGACCCGUGCGCUGGCGGGAUUGGUACGCCGGAGGCAAUUAAGCUUGUGUGGUCCUGCCACCGUGAGAUCAUCCAUGAUGUUGGCCCUGUGCCGGCUAACUGGUCGAUCCCCGAGGCUACUUGA